CCAUUGCAAGACGCGGUUUCGUUAAGACGCUCGAUUAAACAUAUUUUUUGUGUAGUCUCGCGAUUAUGAUUCGAAUACAGCACUAGUUUAAUGUGCAUGGUGUUCGGAAUUGAAGUGUUGAUAAUUACAUACAGAAAUAAUUGUGGAUAGAAAGUGGAUGGAAAUAUAUUAGACGAUCUAUAAGGAGUUGGAGUACAGUUAUAAAACAUUUGAAAUUAAUUGUAAGAAGUCGAAGACAUUCAAUCUUAUUGCAAUAUUGCGAAGGAACAUUUAAAGUGAAAUACACACAUCGUCGCUGCGGUUGAAAUUAUUUUGUUGUGUUAUGGUGUUUAUUCUAUAAGAAGAAGAAAUAUAAAAGAAGUUAUAUAAGGUAUAUAUACCCAUUUUAGAAGAAAAUAAAAAAAAACAACAGCGAAGAAAACGAGUUUUUUUUACAAUCAUUCUAACCAUAUGAAUAACAAAAUAUUUUUUUUUAAAUGAAUUUAUAUGCAAGACGAGUGCGUUGAUGAGUGUUUUAUUUCUAAAAAAGCCCAAAAAAAUUCAAUUCUUCAUUUUAUUUGAAAAAAUACGAUUUUUAUUUGAGUAAAUAAAGAACAAAAAAAAAAUCGAGAAAAAAGUUGUGCAUACAAGAUUUUCAAGAAGGAAAAAUAAAUACGCAUCUGAAACAACAAGUGUUGUUAUACAAAAAGGGAAUAUAACUAAACCAAUAAAAUUAAACAAACACAAGACGAAAAUAUUAUAGCUUUCAAAUACGAAAUAGUUUGAUAGUAAUGCUUACACAUGGGUGUUCAAUGAAAAUGUUGGAUAUACAAAAUUGGUGAGAAUAACAUUGGACUUGAAACGAAUAUACAGCAAGACUUGGAUGAGAAGUUAAAUUCGAAAUUGGAAUCACAAAGAAACAGACAAACAAUGACAAACGUGCACGUACUGGCGACUUUUGUGAUUGUAUUCAAUUCAGUGAUCAACUUAUCGGCAUCGGAAAAUGAUUUUCGAUACAUUUCCUAUCAAGAUCUAAUACCGUCGUCCGAUCGUUUUACUGAUGGAAAUGUGACAUCGUUUUCCAGACUAUUGUUCGAUGUGUCCAGAGAUCAAGUGAUUGUCGGUGCACGGGACACAUUGUAUCGCAUGUCGUUCACAUUGAAGACCCGAGAAAAAUCGGUAUGGGAAGCAUCAAUGUCCAUGAUGGAAACGUGCCAGAAUAAGGGACAAAGUGAAUUGGAUUGUCGAAAUCACAUUAUGGUACUGCAGAACUAUGGAAAUCAAUUGUAUGCCUGCGGAACGUAUGCAUUCAGUCCGUAUUGUUCGUGGAGACAGAUGGAAAACCUGAACGUAACACGAUACGAUAAAGGUGUUGCAAAAUGCCCGUUCAAUCCUCAUGCUAACAUUACCACACUAAUGACGGAAAAUGGACAAAUGUUUGUUGGUUCACCGACCGAUUUCUCCGGUAGCGAUCCAGCCAUUUUGCGGGCAGAUGUUUCGCAGGAUGGUACGCGAAUGCUGCGCUCCAGUCAGUACAACUCAAAGUGGUUAAACGAUCCACAAUUCGUUAAUAGUUUUGAGGCUGGCGAAUUUGUUUAUUUCGUGUUUCGCGAAACGGCUGUAGAAUACAUCAAUUGUGGAAAGGUUGUAUACUCUCGCAUAGCACGUGUAUGCAAAUCGGAUCCAGGUGGUGAACAUAUCCUUAAAGACAAUUGGACGUCGUUUGUAAAGGCACGAUUGAAUUGUUCGUUGCCUGGUGAAUAUCCUUUCUAUUUCAACGAAGUGCAAGGAAUUAAAUAUUCCGCUGAAGAGGGUGUUAUGUAUGGGACAUUCACCACACCAGAAAACAGCAUCCACGGAUCGGCCAUCUGUGCAUUCAAUAUGUCUUCAAUCCAAGCUGCAUUCAGUGGUCCGUUCAAACAUCAGGAAUCGAUAAAUUCGGCUUGGGAGCGUCAGGAUCUCCCGAACCGCGCUCACUUUGAAUGCAAAAUUGAUAAAGGAACAAACUUCCGACACAAUCAAUUGCUCGACUCGUCACGUUAUCAGCUCAUGGAUCAGGCCGUUCAGCCGACAACGGCCUAUCCGCUACAUGUCUCGAAACUGGAACGAUUUAUUCACAUUGCCCUCGACAAUAUAUCGACAAAGUUGCACGAAAACGUUCGCAUCAUUUACGUAUCGACGGAGGCUGGCCUUAUCAAAAAGAUAUCCGUUUUGCCGCGGACGAAAGAAACGUGUGUGAUCGAGAUGUGGCAGCCGGAUGUGAACAACGGUCGCAUAAGAGUGAUUGACUUUUUGAAGGAAACAGAAUCGCUGUAUGUCGGAAGUGAUACGGGCCUUAUGAGAAUACCAGCUCAGCAUUGUAACCGUCAUGUUUCGAAGGCUAGCUGCUUAAACGCAAUGGACCCGUAUUGUGGAUGGAACGAACUUCAAGAGGCAUGCACGGCGCCACCGAACGGUGACACAUUGGCGAGAUAUUGGGUGCAAAAUAGCACAACAUGUCCACUGUUAACUGCUGGUGUUGUUGACGGAGGAUGGUCAGCAUGGGGCGAAUGGCAUAAGUGUUCACAAACAUCGGGCCAGUUAAAUGACGAUCUAUCAUCCCCAGACUCUUGUCUGUGUCGAACGAGAUCUUGCGAUAAUCCGAGUCCGAAAAAUGGAGGUACCAUGUGUGAAGGUGUGUCAAUAAUGGUAACAAAUUGCACGGUUAAUGGUGGAUGGACAGAUUGGAGUGCUUGGUCGGCUUGUUCUCAAAGUUGUGGUAUGGCCGUCAAAACGAGGCGCCGAACUUGUGGCAAUCCAAAACCAGCUCAUGGUGGAAGAGUAUGCGUUGGUCCUGAUCGUGCCGAACUAUACUGUAGUCAUUUGCCACCCUGUCCUGUACCGAAACAAACGCCGAUUGAUGGUGCAUGGGGUCCUUGGGGUUCGUACAGCGAAUGUAGUGCAGAAUGCGGUGGAGGCUAUAAGAUUCGGCGAAGAAAAUGUGAUGAUCCAGAGCCGCAAAACGGAGGCCUGGAUUGUUCUGGAUGUCAUUUGGACUAUGAAGUGUGUAACACGCACCCUUGUACUGAAGUGAAGAAAAUGGGCUCUUGGACUCCGUGGAUGGUACAAUUAAACGGUUCGACUGGAGAUGGUGGACAGUUGGAACGACGAUUCCGAUUUUCCUGUAAAGCCAACGUUCCCGAUGCGAACAGCCUAAAAGUUUCACUGGCUAAAGAGGAAACAAGAAUCUGUCAUACCGACGGUUCGUGUCAACGAUCUGGUGAUGGAGGCGAUGAAGCUGGUUGGACGGAUUGGGGAUCGUGGAGUCAAUGCAGUGUAGAAUGUGGCGGCGGACAGCAAUUUAGAACGAGAACUUGUGAACGCGGCAAUUGUGAUGGAACGUCGAAAAUGGCGAGGGCUUGUAACACACACUCUUGCAAAGGUGUUUGGAGUUGUUGGACAGAUUGGUCGCCAUGCUCGGUAACGUGCGGUCUAGGAAAGAGAUCUCGCACAAGAGAUUGCAUGACACCAGGAAAAGAUGGAUGUGAAGGACUGAGCACAGAAUUUGAAACUUGUGAACUACCGCUGUGUGACUCAUUCUUGGGAUGGAGCAGUUGGAGCGAAUGGACCGUUUGCAGUGAAGAUGGCUUAAAAACAAGACAUCGAAAAUGUUUAACGACAAAUCCAAGCCCAAAGGAAUGUCAAGGUCACGAGCAGGAAGUGCAUCAAUGUGACUCGUACAAGAGUAACGAAAUUGUUCAGUCAGCCUCCAUAGGAGCUGGAACAUUAUUCUCCCUAAUGGCAGUGAUUAUGUUGGUUUGUAUCGUCGGCACGGCAUUCUCGACCUACUUGUACAUGAAGAAACGAUUUCUCUUGCCGAGAGACAUCAAAAACAUUGGAUCACCGUGCUUCGACUCGUAUCCGAAUCAAUACUCCAGCCUACCCACCAAGGACGACCGACCGAAGGUAAAGCGCCAAACAUCGUUUAAAGGCUGCGAUACGGGAGCUAAUGCAAAACUGCUAAUGAACGGCCACGGAACACUAACGAAGUCCGUGAAUGUGGCGGUAAAUAAUACACCGAAAGCACUGGCCAAAUCGUACGAGAUUGACACGGCUACAAUAAAACGGAAUUCGCAUGGACUAAACAAUGUGCGACCGGUGCGAUCAAUCGAGGACGAUAAAUUUUAAUCGGAUUGCGUUGACGGUUGUACAGUCAACAAGGAAUUGUUGAAUGCCAUUUUACGAAUCUAAGAUUCAUCUAAACAUUCAACACCGAACAGUAUAGUGAUCAUGAUGUAGAAACAGUAGUACAAUGUUACGUACGCUGAGAAUUUUGUUGAAAAAUAGUAUUUUAAUGCAAGUGUCAUUGAGGCUGCUGUGGUUUCUCUGAACCUCUAUUAGGUGUAAAUUUAUGUUGUUUAUAUAAGAUUAGGUCGAUGAGGACGGUCGGAGAGAAUGUGAUGAUUAAGGAAGCAGCAAUUUUACAAAGUGUGAGUUUGUUCGAUAAGCAGAUUUAAUGUGAUCCAACUAACUCUAGAUUUGAACUAAGAAAAAAAAAAUUGCUGUCCGGCCACCAGGUUUAUCUGUAGAAUUUUUAAAACAUCUUCAAGAAAUUCCUUGACAAUCCUUUUAGAGGAAAAUACUCGAAAAAACGUAACUAGAGUAUCGCAUUUCUCAAUGGUCGGUGCCGCUAAUUCGAAUUCUUAAAUUUGGAGAAUUCGUAACUUUCUGGACAUGCCCUCCUAGAAUUACUCAGAAGAACAAUAGAGUGUUGCUUUGAGCAAUAUUUCUCAGUACUGUCACUGAUUAACGCUUUCGGCAGGUCCUUCUUCUGUUAACAAAUGAUUACUUUUAUUUAAAUUUUGGAGCUCAAAAAACCGACUCACUGGCAGUGAUUUCUGUGGAAAUAGUGACCGACAAUCAAUACGAAAUGAUUCCUCCUGAAUGCCGUGAAAAUGGUUGAAGAGAAUGGUCCAAAGGGAAUAAAUACCUCCUCCAGUAGUCGCCUAUGUUGAACAUGAUGUUCCCCUACUACCUUGCUAAAGUUUCCAAAAUUUGCUAAAACAUCUUUUGGCAUAUUUAGCAAAAAUCAGUCCAGUCUUGGCGCGAGUUACGUAGCAGCAGCAAUUGAUUUUUCAAAAUCUUAAAAAAGUUUUAAUUUUGAAAUUCAAAUUUUUUCACAUUUUUUCACAUUUUUUCACAGAGAAAAUUCACGCCCAUUGUCAUAAAUCAUUAGUGGACCAUUGUCGUCAUUGUCCAUUCCAUCCUGAAAAUUAAAUGCGAAAAUGCCCGACUCAAGAAAGUCCUCUUAGAAUUUGUUCUAGUUCCCGAAAUUUGAAAAAGAAGCCCGAUCAAUGUCCACAAAAAUCAACUAAUUUUUUUGAAAGUGGUUUUUGCUUCUUGGGAUCGAUACCUAUCUAGGCGCAAGGACUUUUUUAGGGAAUGUGUUCGAUUUAAGUAGGUCGUUUUUCAAAACAAUCCUUCAAACAGUUUUGAUUGUUUGUGUGGAUCAGCUGAAGAAAUUCAUGCUGAAAUUUCACUAGCACACUAACACGUUCUUCAAAAACAUUCUAGCAUCGUGUUCACACUUAAAAAAUCUAUUCAUAAAAAAUUGAUUUAUUUUUGUAUCCAGUUCCGUUCCACUUCCCGAAGUUAGAGCAAAAUGUUUGAGCUAAAAUAAUACCUGUUCAAUGUGUUCCCGACCCUGACCUUAUUUUUGCCCUACACAGAUUUUACCGUCUGCUCAAAUCGAUAUUGGCCAUCGAUCUAAUCGACAUUGUUAAUUAUAAAUAUUGUGAAAGUUUAGGUUUUUCUGAAAAAACAAAGUUCUUAUAUAAAAAAAAUAUUUAGAAAAUUGAAAAGUCUGACUUAGAAUAGAAAAACGGAAGGAAAUUCUUUAAAGUUAUAUAAAAAAUCGAAAAAUAAAAUUUGUUAUUUAAAUCUAGAAAUAUAUAUUGAGAAGGAAUACGACAGAGUAAUAUAAAUCAGGCAGGAGCGGUUCAUUUUUGAAAUGGCGAAUAAGGUACCCAGUCAAAUCAAGCGCUCCUGCCUGGUUUACUUU